AUGGACCACAACACAGCGAAGCAGAAGAGGGACGCAAGCGACACGCUGCCGGUGGAGAUGUGGGCCGAGGUGGUGGGUUGGCUCCACCGGGACUGCAUCCAGCAGCCCCACCCAACAGGGCAUAGUGGCGCUCAUGCCCGAGGCGGCGAUGGCGGCGCAGCCGACAGGAACUUCCUUCUGCGGUCGGUGGCCCUCGUCUCUCCCCUCUGGCGGGCGCUGGUGAUGUCAACCGUGCGGACGCUGACCGUGCGCGUGCCUGAUGAUGAGGACGGAUUCCUCGGGCGGGAGCAGGAGCUCCGCGAGGAGAGGCCCGAUGAGAUCCAGUCCCGACUCGGCACACUCCUCCAAGCUCUGGACUCGGUGGCGCAGCUGUGUACGAGCAUCGAGGAGCUGCGGAUCGAUGGCUGCGGGUUCGAUUUCAUUGGCCACCCGACCCUGCUGGCCCGCCUCCCGUCGCGUCCGUCGUUCCGCCGCCUCACGCUGGAGAACCUCCAACUGACCGACGCCCACUUCGGCCACCUGGCGCCCGCCACGGCGCGCGGCCUCGAGUCACUCAAGAUCGCCUUCUGCACCGGCCUCGUCGAUUUCCUGUCCAUCAUCGACGCCAAGCUUUCCAUCGCGGGCCACCAGUCCGCGAGCACCACAGCAAAGAACGAAAGCGACGGCGACGCGGCGAAAACAAAGAGCGAAGCUUCGCUAGGGAUGGAACUGGAAAGCGAGCGAAUGAAGGAAGACAACGAAGAAAGAGAUGAAGUAGAUCUGAUGGAAAAUGAAGCAGUAAAAGAGAAAGAAAGCGAAGCAAAGAACGAAGACGACAGCACGAAGAACGAAGAGCUCACAAGGCUGAAGGAACUGGUGCUGGUCCACUGCCCGGAGCUCGCCUCGCUCGAACACCUGCCGCGCGGGCUCGAGCGGCUCAGCCUGCAGAGCUGCUAUCGCGUGGGCGACCGCGAGGUGUUGCAAAUCGCGCGGCUGCCGCGCCUCAAGUACCUCCUGCUCUCCGUCGACCGGCUCAUCACCGACGCCGGCCUGGCCGCCCUGCCCCUCGAGUCCCUCACCGAGUUCCACUUCCACUACUGGGGCAUGGGCAUCUCGCACAGAGGAAUCAGUGAGGCACGGCGGAGGUGCAAGCACAUCUGCUGCGUGGGCACGGCGUGUCCGAUGAUGCGGGACGAACCCUGA